AUGUUCAGGACAGAGAGUGAAAAGAACGCAGUUGGGGCCACAUAUUGUCAAAGGAUGGAGGAUCUGCUACAGAGGUCAGACUUUGUCAUGGUGGUGGUCAAUCUGUCCCCUCAUACACACAAACUGAUUGGUGCCAAAGAGCUUGCCAUGAUGAAACCCAGCAGUACCCUUAUCAACAUUAGCAGAGGCUUUGUAGUGGACCAAGAUGCCUUAGUGGAUGCUCUCCAGAAGAAACUGAUACGAGCUGCAGCGUUAGAUGUCGCUUAUCCUGAACCUCAGCCUAGGGACUAUUCCCUGCUGUCCUUUACAAAUGUUAUUGUCCUGCCUCACCUAGGAACCGAUACUGUAGAGACAACUCAGGUCAUGGUGGAGAGGAUGGUGACCAAUGCCUUGGUCACUUUAACUGGAGGCCAGCCUCCUGAUGAGGUUAAGGCUUAGGGCCAGACCACAGAGCCAUCUGUUCUUCCUUUCUUUUCAACCCAGCAAAACAUAUGAAAAAAAAAAACCUUAAUUAGACAGAAUAAUCAUGAUGUUCUAAAAUGAAAAUGUAGUAAAUGUGAUCUUAUUAUUUUCUGGGAAAAUCUGUCAUUUUAGUAUGAUUCACCUCUUGCUUAGCUGUAAAUGUUAAGUAGCCUACUUUAUAUAUAAUUUCUUAAUAAAAGGCUUAAGAUGUGUUAAAUUGAACAGCACAGUAUAAAUUGAUAUACCUCCUGAUUGUUUGAAAAAUGUUCUCAUCCUGAUGCUAAUUACUCUAAAUAAACUUAGAAUAGGCUACUGUACAAAAUAAUUAAUAACAUUGUGUCUUCAUACUGCGUAAUGCAUAUUAUAGAGCUGUUUAUAAUUGUUCAUAUUGAUGCAGUCAUUUUGGAUUUAUUUUAUUUAUUGAAUAGCAAUUAAAUCAUUUCAGAUUUCUUAAUGUUUUCCCCCUAAUAGUACGUUUUCUCCACCAUUUUUUUAGGCAACCGUUAAGCGCAAUAAUAGGCUAGUAUCUUGAUUGCAUGUUCACAGGGGCGGAUUAUGACUUGCAAGGGCCCCAGGGCCAAUUUUCAUUUAGGGCCCCCCGGGCCAAUUAUAUUUUAGAUUGAAUUAUCUUUUAAAGCUGAGAUCCACGCAAUCCAUUUUCUUUUAUUUAAGUCUCUUUUAAUACCUGUUCCCUAUCUGUCACUCACUCGAAGUUGUGUCGAUGUAGUGACACUAGGGGUCACUCUUGGGAGCCCGAGACACCUCUGGUCUUUGAUAAAAGGCCAAUGAAAAUUGGCGAGUGGUAUUUGCAUGCCACUCCCCCGGACAUACGGUUAUAAAAGGUGCUGGUAUGCAACCACUCAUUCAGAUUUUCUCUUCGGAGCCGAACGGUCAUGCUCAUUGAGCUGAAUUCUCACGACUGUUCAUUCACCUCUGCUGGAUCUGACGGCGCAUUUCAGCGGCUUCUCCCUCCUCUGCACUGGUGCACUGCAGAGAACGCCCCUGGGCGCUUCGGCAGAAAAAAGAGAGUAUAUUUUCCUGAGAGUAUAUUUCUCUAAAAGAGCGGCACACACAGAACGUCUUUUUAAAGACGCGUCUUUUUAAAGAUGCCUUUCCGAUUGUGUGUUAUUCCUGGUUGCAGUCGUUACCUCUCAACUUCAGACGGUCACGAUCGGAGAGCUCCUCCCUUCGGGGACGAUUGCCCAGUCACAGGCUGAUGCAGAGAUGACGGACAUGCUUUCCCAGGCGGCCACGAGCGUCGGGCUAGAGUGGAACCCUCCCGCGGCGCCGCUCAAAACAGCCGCGCCCCGCUCCAGUGCCUUUCUUCCCGGAAGUGCACGAGGAGCUGACAAAAUCGUGGGAGGCACCUUUUACUGCGAUUUCUCAGUUCCCUUGCCCUCACUACCCUCGAUGGCAGGGCAGCCAGGGGCUAUACGGUGAUUCUCCCAGUGGAUAAGGCGCUCACGGUGCACCUAUGCCCACAGAGCGCCGCCACCUGGCGAGGACGCCCAAAGCUCCCGUCCAUGCCCUGUAGGUUCACAUCAUCCCUGACGGCCAAAGCCUACAGCGCUGCUGGACAAGCCGCCUCCGCCCUGCACGCCAUGGCUCUCCUGCAGGUCCACCAAGCCAAGGUGCUAAAAGAACUGCACGAGGGUAGUUCCGCCCCAGAUCUGAUGCAGGAACUGUGCUCGGCGACCGACCUCGCUCUCCGGGCGACGAAGGUCACGGCGCGGUCUCUCGGGCAGACGAUGUCCAAAUUAGUGGUCCAGUAAUGCCACCUUUGGCUCAACCUGGUCGAGAUGGGUGAGGCCGACAAGACACGGUUCCUUGCUGCCCCCAUCUCCCAAGCUGGCCUAUUCGGUGACACCGUCGAGGACUUUGCCCAGCAGUUCUCGACGGUGAAGCAGUAGACGGAGGCUAUCCGGCAUAUCCUACCCCGCACGGCUCAAGAUCCCGCACCACGUCUCCUCGUCGCCAAGGGCGUCCCCCUGUGGUGACUGCACUGGCACCGGCGUGGAGCCCACCACAGGAAGCAGACGCCACCUGUCUCAUGGCCGGCUGCCAAGAAUCCACGAAGGUCGUCAAAGCGCCCCUGAGACGGGCAACCCAGGGUCGACGAAACCCACUGCAUUGGAGCUGUUAGUAAGACCAUUCCAUCCCCCGGUGGACAGCCGGGUGGAGAAUCUUUUUUUGCCUUUUCAUUUGAUUUUGCCGCAUGCCCAAGUGGAUACAGUACCCAACAGUUCAGCAAAAGAGCGGUUUCCUCCUUCCCUGGGUCACAUACCCGGUGUGCACGGUCAUCAUCACGACCACCGUCCACCUUUAUUUCCCUUGCAGGAUUGGUGCUCCAGCAGGUCUCCCCGCCCCUGCGUGCCCAGCUGUGGCACACAUCCGCCCCCGAUGUGACAGUCUCCACGGGUUGCGAGGACAGGCCUCUUCCUCCCCCAUCCCAGGCUGUUCCAGGGGUGGUCACAAGGAGCCAGGUAAGUGCUUCGAUGUCCCUAGACUCAGCACGGCCACGACAUGGUGUGGCACCUCAAGCUCCGUCCCGACGCGAGGCCCCACCUACCGGUACAUCCGACGACAUUGUCCCUUUGGUCCCCCUCACAUGGAACUUGAAUGCGUGGCUUGCGCUUUCCAAUCCGUCGCGAUGGCUGGUCCGGACCGUCCGACUCGGCUAUGUGAUUCAGUUCACCAGGCAUCCGCCCAGGUUCAGCGGUAUCCACUUCACCUUGGUGAAGGACGAAAACGCUGCUACCUUGUGCGCGGAUAUCGCCACCCUCCUACGGAAGGGUGCGAUAGAACCUGUCCCUCCGGCUGAGAUGAAGAAGGGGUUUUACAGCCCCUACUUCAACGUACCGAAAAAACAUUCGCAUUUUCAACUAUCUUGACGAUUGGCUAAUCCUAGCUCACUCUUGGGACAUGUUGUGUGCACACAGGGACUUGGUGCUCUCGCACCUCAGCCAAUUAGGGCUUUGGGUCAACUGGGAAAAGAGCAAGCUCCUCCUGGUUCAGAGAAUCUCUUUUCUCAGGUUUGGAGUUGGACUCGGUCUCAUUGACAGCGCACCUCACGAACGAGCGCGCACAGUCCGUGCUGACCUGUUUGAAGGCGUUCAAACAGAAAACAGCUGUUCCACUGAAACUCUUUCAGAGGCUCCUGGGGCAUAUGGCAUCCUCAGCGGUGGCCACCCCACUCGGGUUGAUGCAUAUGAGACCGCUUCAGCACUGGCUUCAGACUCGAGUCCUGAUAUGGGCAUGGCGUCGCGGGACACAUUGCGUGGCCAUCACACCGGUCUGUCACCGUCUCUUCAGCCCUUGGACCGACCUCUCAUUUCUACGGGCAGGUGUUCCCCUUGAGCAGGUCUCCAGGCACAUCGUGGUCAUGACAGACGCCUCCAAAACGGGCUGAGGCACUGUUUGCAACGGGCACGCAGCCGCCGGCUUAUGGACAGGCCCGUGGCUGCAUUGGAGGUUCCUGCCGUUGAUCCAGGGCAAGCACGUGUUAGUUCAGACAGAAAACACGGCAACAAUAGCAUGUCAACCACCAAGGCAUUCUGCACUCUCGUUGUAUGUCACAACUCGCCCGCCGUCUCCUCCUCUGGAGUCAGCAUUACUUCAAGUUAUUGCGAGCCACUCACAUCCCGGGCGACCUCAACACUGCAGCGGAUGCGCUGUCACAGCAGGUUACCCUCAGGGGAGAGUGGAGACUCCACCCUCAGAUAGUCCAGCUGAUUUGGAGUCAAUUCGGACAGGCACAGGUAGACCUGUUUGCCUCCCAAGAAUCCUCCCACUUCCCGCUCUAGUACGCCCUGACCGAGGCACCUCUCGGCAUAGACGCACUGGCACACAGCUGGCCUUCUGGCCUUCGCAAAUAUGCGUUUCCCCCAGUGAGCCUACUUGCACAGAGCCUGUGCAAGGUCAGGGAGGAUGAGGAGCAGGUCGUCCUGGUAGCACCCUACUGGCCCACCCAGAUGUGGUUCUCGGACCUCACGCUCCUCACGACAGCCCCCCCCCCUCCCCCCGGCGAAUUCCCCUGAGGAAGGACCUUCUUUCUCAGGGACGGGGCACCAUCUGGCACCCGCAACCAGACCUCUGGAAUCUCCAUAUCUGGCCCCUGGAUGGGACGCAGAAGACCUAAGCGGUCUACCACCCACGGUGGUAGACACAAUCACUCAGGCUAAGGCCCCCUCUAUGAGGCGCCUGUAUGCCUUUAAUACAGUUCGCUAAGUGGUGUUCUUCCCGACAGGAAGACCCCCAGAGAUGCGCAGUCGGAUCGGUGCUUUCCUUCCUGCAGGAGAGGUUGGAAAGGCGGCUGUCCCCUUCCACCUUGAAGGUGUACAUUGCUGCUAUAGCAGCACACCAUGACACAGUGGAUGGUAAGUCCUUAGGGAAGCACAACCUGAUCAUCAGGUUCCUGAGAGGUGCCAGGAGGCUGAACCCCUCCAGACCGCGCCUCGUUCCCUCAUGGACCUCUCUGUAGUUCUUCAGGGUCUACAGAGAGCCCCCUUUGAGCCUUUGCAGUCACCUGAGCUUAAGGCACUCUCCUUGAAGACUGCCCUCCUGACUGUGCUCACUUCCAUCAAGAGGGUAGGAGACCUGCAAGUGUUCUCUGUCAGCGAAACGUGCCUGGAUUUCGGUCCGGGCUACUCUCACGUGAUCUUGAGACCCCAACCGGUCUAUGUGUCCAAGGUUCCCAUGACCCCUUUUAGGGACCAGGUGGUGAACCUGCGAGCGCUGCCCCAGGAGGAGGCAGACCCAGCCCUGUCGUUGCUGUGUCCGGUGCGUGCUUUAUGCAUCUAUUUGGAUCACACGCAGAGCUUUAGGAUCUCUGAGCAGCUCUUUGUCUGCUUUGGUGCACAGCGGAAAGGUCCGCUCAUUAUUAAUACUCAGGGUAUUAAUUAUCACGAAUGAGAUUUGCUGUAUUGUAGUCCAACCACAUUGGACUGUUGUGCAUUUCCACCAUCGCGGGUGAGACCGGCAAACUGAGUUUAUCCAUUAAAGAAUCAAAGACUGUGGGAUGGUUUAUUAGCCGUCCACCGUGUCUCUGAGUGAUAAACUAACAGCUGCUUUCUCUCCCACGAUCGCGAAACCGGCUUUGGAGCCGUCACUUAAUUCUCUCUCUCGUACUAACCACACACACACACACACACACACGCGACCCCUCACAAACAUUCUCGCACACAUUUUUGGCUCGUAGAUAGUUUCGUGAUAAAGCUCAGCUUUGUCCCUAACCUAUCGUACAAGCGGAUGCACGCGGUAACUGGUAGACACCAUUGACUGGUUUCUUUCCGCCCACAUUCGUGGCCAUAUUCUCUGGCCGGAAGUCUCGCAUGACAUACUCUCCACGAGAGUCAUGUCCGCCAUUUUGUGCUUGUCCCUCCUUACACAAACACACACUCUCACACACACACCCUCAUGUGUUAUAGGAUUAUUUUGAUUUCCAUAUCUAAUCAUAUCACUGUUUAGUUUGUAGUUGUAAGU